UAAGGUUUUAUAUGAUUUUUAAAAAAUUCUGCACUUUGACCGGAGUGGCGAAAUACACUAAUCCAAAAGUUAUUUUUCUAUAAGAAGAGGUGGAUUGUUUUCCUUUUGAUUCCAAUCUUUUCUCCCCGUGACAAAGCAUAAAUCAUGGACACCAGAAAAUAAGGUGGACCUCAGGAAUCCUGAAAAGACUCAGAAACUUACAUUCUUCCUCAGGAGGGAAGGGUGGGUGUUUUUAGCCCUCUCUGGAACCCAAAACGAAAAACAUGAGUUGCGUGCCAUGGAAAGGAGACAAGGCCAAAUCUGAAUCAUUGGAGCUGCCCCAGGCAGCACCCCCACAAAUCUACCAUGAGAAACAGCGCAGGGAGCUUUGUGCCCUGCAUGCCCUCAAUAACGUCUUCCAGGACAACAAUGCGUUCACUCGGGAAACGCUGCAAGAGAUUUUCCAGAGGUUGUCUCCGAACACCAUGGUGACCCCCCACAAGAAGAGCAUGCUGGGAAAUGGGAACUACGAUGUGAAUGUCAUUAUGGCAGCACUUCAGACCAAAGGCUAUGAAGCUGUUUGGUGGGACAAGCGCAGGGAUGUCAGUGCCAUUGCUCUCACUAAUGUCAUGGGCUUCAUCAUGAAUCUACCCUCCAGUCUAUGCUGGGGUCCACUGAAGUUGCCUCUCAAAAGGCAGCACUGGAUCUGUGUUCGAGAGGUGGGCGGUGCCUACUACAACCUUGACUCCAAACUGAAGAUGCCCGAGUGGAUUGGAGGCGAGAGCGAGCUCAGGAAAUUUCUAAAACAUCAUUUGCGAGGAAAGAACUGUGAACUCCUGCUGGUGGUACCAGAAGAGGUGGAGGCCCAUCAGAGUUGGAGGGCUGAUGUCUAACAGUUCUGCCCAACCUCCCCUCACCUCCACCCCCUAAAUCCUCCGUGAUGUGCUGUGGCUUAUACAGUGGGUCUUCCCUUGCCACUUUCCCAAACAUCUCAUCGGGUUUUCCCCCUCAGAUUUGACAGUGUGCAAUAGGCCAGACGUGUGAAAUGUUACAAGAACCAACCAGCGUUACUCAUUCCUGGGAAAGGAAGGUAGGAGCUCUGUUCUUAGGGCAGGCAAUGGAAGACCCUUGUUUUAUUUGAAGAGGGAAAGAAAGGUGGGUCCUAGCUUAUUUUCCCCUUUCCUCUGAGGACUUGACAGAGGCUCUGCUGGAGUUCACUGCUGCUCUGACUUACCUGGAGAUGCUGCCUCCAUUUCCCCUUUCCUGGCAACUAGUGGGUCUAAAGACACAGUGCAUGCAAAGUCCGUGUGACUGGUUUGAAGGGCCCAGAGCAAAAGGGCCUCUCAGGAAAUCAUUUUGAAAAUCCCAACAGCACUACAGCAUGCCUUCUCCAACCCUCAAUGCCACCCUUUACCCUAUUCUUAAUGGUGGUUUAUGGCCAUUCUUGAAGUUUUAUAAUGGAAAGUUCACUAAUAUUUCACACCAAGUGGUUGAAUCCUACAUCCUAGCGUGACAGGGUAAGCUAAAUACCUAAGAGGACAUGGCCAAAGCCAGGCAGACAUGGGCAACCUGUCUGCCUCACUCCAGCAUUGUCCCUGCCACUUCAUUACAUUAAUUUAGGAGGCUCAGGGGCACAAGAUAAGCAAAAGGGCAGUUUUCCCAGUUGACCCACUCCAGCAAAAAUCAGGAAAAAAAUAAGCCUGUCUUCAAUAUCAGAUUCCUCUAGUUUAAGACAGUUGAGUGAGGCAAGCUCGAAGAGAACAGCUGGGGUCAAGUCCAAGGCUCGGAGUCACUAGAGUGACAGCAGAGCCAGGUUGGGUGGUUAUGUGUAUUAUGUUACAGGACCUGGGUCUGUCAUCUUUCUGUAGUUUCCUUUACAAGUCAACUGAGAAUUGACCUGCCCCCUACCUCUUCAAAUAGUUGUAGGCCACUUUUCUCCUGUAACUUUGGAAAACGAGGGGGGGGUGGAGUACGUGUCAUACCACAUUGCAUGACACACUGCGUGUCACCAAAGUGGUUGUAAUUGCCUCAAGGCAGAUGGGCAGACAGGGAUCAACGUCUUGGCAGGCCUGAGAGCUGCUCCACUGGCCACAGAGUUAUCUCCAGCAGCAAAGCCAGCCAGGGGCUUGCAUGUCAAACUUGAGCAGGUUGAAUGGGGUGAAGCUGAGGCUUUCUCCUCCCCACUGUGACUGGAGUGCAUGUUUACACCAGCACUUUUUCUGCACAUUGAUCUUCAAUCCAACAAGGCCAUUUUUUUAUGCUGAGUAAAGAGGCCACCAAGCAACUACUGCAGUACACCGUCUGAGCAAUUGACUACAAUCUCUUUUGCACCAUUUUCUACAUCAGACCUGCUUGGCACCACAGACAGCUCUUUACCCCUGCACAAUGACAUUCCAACCACCACCAGCCAGAAGUUACAGCCAACCUUGCUGAUUGUCAAAAGCAGGACCUUGGGUCCAUUGGCACUGUCAGUGAUAGAUAGUAAGCCAUUUCCUGGGAAGAGGAGGAAACUCCUCUCCAAUCUGCUUCGGCCUGUGCAAAUGGCACUUCAAAGGAGUCCCCAUGUACUUGGAGUCCAUGAGCCAAUGGAAUAUGCAAAGACACUUAAACAUUUCAGGGCUGGAUUCUCUGUUCAUAUCCAAUUUUGGUGCUUAGGAACAGGGACCCAUGCUGAUGCCCAAGGGCAAAAAGCCCCAUUUCCUUUAAGGGGGCAGGCCUGACCCUGAUGCCCAGUAAAGGGGCAACCCUAGGCUUUUUGUUUUCCUUGCUUUUAUUCAACCCCCCCCCCCCUGGU